AUGUUUCUCACUCUGGURAUGCGGAGACCUGGAGCUCUGUGUUUAACUUCAUGGAUCACAGCAGGAACUGGAGUUCUGUGUUUAACCUUCUUCCAGUCAGCAGACUCCGAGUCGGACUGYGAGCUUGGCGAGAGGUGCAUUGGACAGAGCGAUGAAAACUUCAGCAGCUGGUAUGUGUGGUUCCUGAUGUUGUUUUUCCUGGCCUUGCUCGUGUCCUGCGGGAUCUGCUGCUGCCUGCAGUGCUGGCUGAAGCGGCGGAGCUGCCUCCCCCGGCGCACCGUGGCCGUCUUUGCCCUCAGCAGCUCAGAUGCCUUUUGUGCUCCUGAAGCUCCUCCGUGCCCAUUCUCUGGAUCCCUGAGCCCCUGCACGACUGAAGAGAUUUCCUCUUCUCCUCCCCAACACUUCAGCCUCGGGGGAACUGAGCUGCCUCCGUCAUAUGAGGAUGUAAUGAAGGAAAACAAGCUCUAGACACCACAUGUUGGCUCUCAGAGAUCCUUCUUGGUUCACCAAAGAUCUUCCAUCGUGCUGAAGGAGUGUGAGAUCAAACCAGCCCUUUCCACAUGUUGGCCCAGAGACUGAAAAGCAGCACAUAUUUCAUCUGAACCUGAAAGACGAAACUAAAUGCAACAGAAUAAAUGCCAAAAGUAUGUGUUGAAUCUGUCACAGGAGCUCAGCUUGACAUUUUGAUGUCUCUGGAUUUCAAGAAGCUUCCUCAAAGGCCUGUCUGUAUUUGGGAU